AUGGCCCUUAACACUACCAAAAGUAACGUCAGUACCACUGCAGAAGCACUACAGGGAACCAUCGCGAUUGCUACUUUUCAGACUGCGUUUUCACAGACAGUGGUCUGCGUCUUGCUAUAUGUGAACUGUGCCAUGAUCUUCACAUUCUUCAAAAAGGAGGCCUUUCGAGAGAACGCACGCUACAUGCUGUUUGCUCACAUGCUGCUCGUCGAUACGAUGCAGCUGGCGUUGGUUGAUUUGUCUGUCCUGCUAGUCUGUUGCCGCAUCUUCCCACCUGACGGAGUGCGCAUCCUUCUGAGUAUGUUAAUGUUCGCUUUAUCCUAUCACACACCUCUGACUCUAACUGCAAUGUGUUUGGAACGCUAUGUGGCUAUUUGUAUGCCACUAAGGCAUGCCGAUAUCUCUACGGUCAAAGCUGCCUGGGUUAGUAUUGGGGUUGUUUGGGUUAUUGGCUGGGUCCCCCCCUACAUUGAUCUUUUUAUUGUCAUAGCAACAGAGCGACCACCUAUUUACACAGAAGGCGCAUAUGUAUUUUACGAAAUUAUGUUGCGGUACCCGUGGCAAUACAUCCUGAGGUCAAGCAUUUGUCUGUUCUAUUUUGGAGUAAUAGCCGGAAUUGUGGCAUUCACCUAUAUUCAGAUAAUACGGGUAGCUAGAUCUGCUUCAGCAGAUAAGAACUCCACAUCCAAAGCUGCCAACACGAUAAUCAUGCAUGCUAUUCAGUUAGUGUUUUCUAUACUCGUAUUUAUUUGCCCUCUUAUAGAAGCGGAGGUAAAGAAAAUAGACACGCAAAGCCUAUUAAGGUUGCGGUAUUUUCACUUCAUUGUGUUUACUUUGUUCCCGCGCUGUUUAAGUCCACUUAUCUACGGUCUGAGGGAUGAAAAAUUCAGUAGGGUGCUUAAAUAUUAUAUUAUUUGUGGAUUGACAAAAACAGUGGUCCCAGUUGCAGUAGACAUGUAG